AUGGCGCGUGGUGCACGAACGUCACCUGUGGCAGUAGCACUACCCAAAGUCUCAUUUGAGAAGAUUCAAGAUGAAGUAUCAACCCAGCCUGGUGGUGUGCACGAUCUGCAAGCAAGGUCGUAUGGAUAUAAUGACUUUUCGGAGUUCCGGAGGCCGGACCAUUACAUUCGGCAUAUUGAACCUCUGGAGAGUGAACUGGCGAAGCAGGUGGAGUAUGAUAUGGAUGAGCAAGACCAAGAAUGGUUGGACGCAGUGAACGCCGAUAGGAAGAAGGGGGGAGACCUUAAUAAGGUAACUUAUGAGGCUUUUGAAAUUAUUAUGGAUAGGUUGGAGAAGGAGUGGUUUGAUUUGACGAAGAAUAUACCCAAACAAGACUUUGCGAUGCCAUCAGAAGACUCUACAUGUGCUAUAUGCGACGACUCCGAGGGCGAGAAUAGUAAUGCGAUUGUAUUCUGUGAUGGAUGCAAUUUGGCUGUACAUCAGGAUUGUUAUGGUGUGCCAUAUAUUCCGGAAGGGCAGUGGCUCUGUCGAAAAUGUACUGUAUCUCCAGAAAACCCUGUUCAAUGUAUAUUAUGCCCCAAUGAAGGUGGCGCAUUCAAGCAGACCGUCCAUGGUGAAUGGGUCCAUCUCCUUUGCGCCAUUUGGGUCCCAGAAACCCGUGUCGCGAAUGAGGUGUUCAUGGAGCCGAUAACAGGCAUAGAGAAGGUGUCAAAACAGCGCUGGAAACUCAAAUGCAGCAUUUGCGACUAUCGAGGUGGUGCCUGUAUUCAAUGUGCAAAGACGUCAUGUUUCACGGCGUUCCACGCUACAUGUGCUCGGAGAGAAAAGUUUCUUCUGCCGAUGAAAACGACACAAGGCUCGGAGCCCGUUACUCUGACAUGCUACUGUGAACGCCAUCUACCUAAAGAGCAACAAGACAUUCGUGAAGCCGCCCUAGCCAAUGAAGACCAGCGGUCCCAGACAACAAGCCCCAAUGCCAAGCUCUCUUCCAAGUCUGCCCGCGCAUACGCCAAGACGUACAAGCCUGGCCCGCCUCUUGUCCCCUCCAUCACUGUGAACCGUAUCUUGUCCUACAUAGGCAAGGUAGCCAUAAGGAAAAAGACAGAGUUCGUGACCCUCAUGUGCCGAUAUUGGAGUUUAAAACGGGAAGCGAGGCGAGGUGCACCACUCUUGAAAAGAUUGCACUUGGAGCCAUGGACGGCGAGUGCGGGCGGGAAGGGGCAAUCUAGGGAGGAAAAGCUGAUGAAACUUGAGCAACUCCAACGGUUACGUUCAGACCUUGUAAAUGUUCGAACGUUGGCGGAGCUUACCCGACAAAGAGAGAAUAAAAAACUAAGACAAACUGACAUCUUGCAUGAGAUCCUCUCCAUGGCGCUGUUCCCCCAUGAAGCACGUUUGCGACUGGCCUUUGAGCGUAUCAUGGCUCACGACCGCAUGGACUUUUUCAAGAACCCCGUCAACAGGAACGAAGUGCCAGACUACUUUGAUAUUGUCACUAAUCCAAUGUGUUGGUCCAUUAUCGACAGCAAGCUUGACAGUCACGAGUAUUGGGAUGUCAAGGCUUUCAAGGAUGACAUCGACCUCGUUGUGGACAAUGCUAUUUUGUAUAAUAAACCCGGAACACCAUUCUACAAGGCUGCCAACAGGAUCAGGAAUGCUUCCAAGAGCAUAUUGGAGGAGUUGAACAGCCUGUCGGUCGUCCACCCUUCGCUACAAGCCGCUGCAGGCGAUCCUGUCGACCCAGCUGGUGGAGCUGGUCCAUCAAACGACGGUGACACUGCGAUGGACGUAGAUACCGUUGGAGACGCGCAAGGCGCACCGGACCCGAAGACGGUGACAUUCAUGAUUUCCUUGCUAGGUGAUCUCGAGCCUCCAUUGGGAAUAUUAGAUCUCCUCGACUCUUCAGCGGCCAUAAGUACUGACCUCAACCUUGAGAUUGGCGAUAACCCCAUCAUAUCGUUGUUCAAUUUCGAGCUCGCGCAAGUCAAGCCACCACCACCGCCUUCCCCGCGACCACCUCCAAAAUCGAGAAAAGGCAAACGCGAUAGGAAGGCUGAAGCUGAGCGCGCAAAGGCGAAGAAGGAAGCUGCCGCGGCUGCUGGGGAGAAAGUACCGGAAAGACCGCUUUUCACCGACAACACACAUGACUUUGGUUUACCCCGGACCCGACGUGCAGCAGCUGCCGCAGCCGCCUUCGAAGCUGAGGCACAAGUAUCAUUCUCCUCCGUUGACGGUGAAUCCUCGGAUAUAGAAUCACCUUCUGCCGAACGGGGUGAACGAAGUUGGUCGAAGAAGCGGCUUUCAAUCACUUCCAUUCCUCAGGCCGCUUCCCCGCAAGUUGUCAACGACGUUGACAACCGCGGUUCGUUCCAUAUGUUCAAUGCUGGGUGGAUCUUGCCCCCUGAUCAACGUCGUGGUGGGCGAGCUCCCGUAGAUAGGCAGCUCCUACCGCCUCCCAAGAAACGUCAAAGAACGGAUCCCGGCACAUCUUCAAGACUGUCAAUGGUUAGCACUGCGGCUUCAGAAAACCAGACUUUACGGUCGCCUCCAACCACACCUUCGCCUGGUGACGAAUCCAUAGAAGUCGAUAUCAAGCAUGAGGGCCAGGAGGCUACGGUGGACAUGGAGCCUGCGGUUGACGCCGACAAGAGCAUGGAGGUAGUGGAGCAGAGUCUUUUGGAGCAGAAUAUGGAGGCACCCGACCAGCCAGUCGAGGAACAAUUGGAACCUAUUCAACCCUCCAGUCCCACGGAGGCGGUCAAACCACUCACUACUCGAAGUGCAAAUAAGGCUGCCCAAGCCCUCGUCAUUGAAGUGCUGGACACGCCUGCGACACGAAGGCAGAAGCGUCGCCAGGGCAAGGACGCUGCUGCGGAAGCGCCAGAUGGUAAUGCCGUCGCUGGACCAUCCAGGCCCACUCGUAUCUCCACUGCGUCUCGUAAGGCACGAGAAUCGAUGGCACAACAAGAGGAGAAUGAGGAGGUCGAGUCUGACCUGAGUGAGUUGAGCGAAGCAGGGAGCGACGGCAAAGAGGCAGAACGUCAACCACUUUCUCGGGGGAAGAACAAGAAAUGGCCACAGGCAGCUGGGAGCACUUCUUCGAAGUCGGGUACUACCUCUGGACGUGUCAGGGCGGAUGGUAGACCUGUACGCUCAAAGACCACGCAGCUGGAUACUGGCACACUCGCUCAUUCCUUCCCGUAUUGGCCAAGUGUGAUUUUUGCUGAGGAUCAUCACGAAAUACCUCUCAAUAUUUUGCAAGCGUUUAAGAAAGACCGUUUGAAAAGCAAAUCGAAGAUGUACAUCGUUCAGUUCUUCGAUAAGCUGAAUAGUUGGGCCUGUGUCCCACGUGAUAGGAUCUUGUUGUUGAAAGAAGAUGAUGAGCUCGACGAGGAGAUGCUUGCUACCUCGGGGCCGAGGCAAAAAUGGAAAACUGCAACUUUGAGGACUCAGUGUCGUGAAGCAUACAGGAGAGCGCUGGCUGAGAUGGAGACUGAUUCCGACAGGCGUGAACAGGAUGAUGCAGGGGAAGGGUCUGCGGGAUAG